GUCGAGUGCAUCUUGUGUUUGGAAGAGUUUGGAACUGCCUUCGUCGUCACACCCACCUCGCUCUAGGAACCAUGGUCGUGUACAACUUCAAGAAGAUUCAGACGGUGCCGCCGGCCAACAACUUUGUGGACAUCAUCCUCACGCGCACUCAGCGCAAAACCCCCACAGUGAUCCAUCCCACGUAUGCCAUCUCUCGCAUCCGUGCGUUUUACAUGCGUAAGGUCAAGUUCACGCAGCAAACGUGCCAGGAAAAGCUCAGCCAGAUCAUCGACGACUUUCCGCGACUUGACGACAUCCAUCCGUUCUACGCCGACCUGAUCAACAUCUUGUACGACAAGGACCACUACAAGCUCGCGCUCGGCCAGAUCAACACGGCGCGCGCGUUGGUGGACAACAUCGCCAAGGACUACGUGCGCAUGAUCAAGUACGGCGACACGCUGUACCGAUGCAAGCAGCUCAAGCGCGCAGCGCUUGGUCGUAUCUGCACCUUGCUCAAGAAGAACAAGAGCAGCUUGGACUACCUCGAGGAAGUGCGCAAGCACUUGAGUCGUCUGCCCAGCAUCGACCCCAACACCCGCACGUUGCUCGUAACGGGGUUUCCCAACGUCGGCAAGUCCAGCUUCAUGAACAAAGUGACCCGCGCCGACGUGGACGUGCAGCCGUACGCGUUUACGACCAAGGCGCUGUAUGUGGGCCAUAUGGACUACAAAUACCUCCGGUGGCAAGUAAUCGACACCCCCGGGAUCUUGGACCACCCGCUGGAGCAGCGCAACACGAUUGAAAUGCAAGCCGUGACGGCGCUGGCCCAUUUGCAGGCGUCCGUGUUGUUCUUCCUGGACAUUUCAGAGCAGUGCGGGUUCACCAUUGAGCAGCAGUUGAGUCUCUUUGCCAACAUCCGGCCGUUGUUUGCCAACAAGCCACUGCUGUUGGUGUGCAAUAAGAUCGAUCAAAUGCCAUACGAACUGCUGCCGGCGCACCACAAAGAAGCCAUCGAAGAGGCCGCGACCACGGCCAGCGCCAAGAUCUUUACCAUGAGCAACCACUCGGAAGAGAACGUGAGCACCGUGAAAAACUACGCUUGCGACGAACUGCUCAGUCACCGCGUGAGCACCAAAGUCAAGGGCAAGAAGGUCGGCGAUGUGCUCAACCGGCUCACGGUGGCCAUGCCCGUGGCGCGCGACGAGAUUGUCCGAGACAUCAGCAUCCCCGACAGCGUCCUCCAGGCUCGCGACGACCCUUCUUCGUUGGCAGCAUCCCGCAAGACGCAAAAGCAAAAGAUGGUUGAGAAUGGCGGCGCCGGCGUGUACGCGAUGGACUACACUGAGCAUUACGAAGGCAUGCUCAAGAACAAGGAAUGGCGCCAUGAUGUGAUGCCCGAGAUCUGGAACGGCAAGAACUUGGCUGACUUUGUGGACCCAGACAUUCUCGCGCGUUUGGACGAGCUCGAGCGCGAAGAAGAGGCGCUGGAUGCCGCUGCCGCCGACCAAGAUAUGGAAGACGACGACAUUGUAUCGGAUUUGGAUGAAGAGGACAAGGUGACCCUUCGUGCGAUUCGCGACAAGAAGCACGUGAUGAUUGCCGAACAUCGCCAAGCCAAAAACAAGAACCGAAGCGUAUUGCCUCGCAAACAUAUGCGCCGCACCCUCGACGGGUUCAAAGAUAGCUUGGACUCGCUCGGUGUCGACAGCUCCAAGCUCGGCCAUGCCACCGCCAAAGCUAAAAAAUACGAAGUCGACGACGAACAGCGUGGCCGCAAACGUACGCGGGACGAAGUGGAUGACGUCGAUAUGGAAGGCGGGGAUGACGACGACGAUAGUGCCAACAAGGGCGGUGCCCGCCUGCGGUCGACGUCGGUGGCCCGCCGCUCCAAGUCCAAGUCGGGCCGCUCGCUGAGCCGCGUGGCGCCUCGUGAUGAAAGCGGAUUCCGCGACGAAGCCAUGCAGGCUAAGAGUAAGAACAUUGCGCUCAAGCAGCAGCGCAAGAUGAACAAGAUGGCCAAGAUUGGCGAGGCGGAUCGCCACCAGUUGCCCAAACUCGCCAAGUGGCAAAACUCGGGCAAGCGCGGCAACGGCAACACCAACUCGAGAUAAACCACGAUGUUGUGUCGUGUUGUGUGAAUAUAUUAUGUAUUGGAUCAUAUCUCAACACA